AGCAUUAUAAGCAAUCGACUUGAACUGGAAACAACUAAACUACUAAAAUUUUACAGGCUUUGACUGCUAUUCAGGAACACACAACACGAGCUGUACCAGUGAAUGAGAUUAUCAAACAUGUGGCUUACUUGAUGAGCCCCGACGAAGCCGAAUUUGCAAGAGAACUAUUAAUGAAUUCAUUGGAAACUCUCAAGACAGUUGGUCUGAUAAGGGAAACGCAUGAAUCGGAAUAUACGCUCUUUCAGUUCUCCAAAUCAAAUAAAAAACGGAGCAAAGAAAAAGUUGCUAAACGCCCUGGUCGACCCAAGAAACUCAAGCUGUCCGAGGAGUUGGAAAAUAGUGAUGAAUCUGAAGAAACUCUUCCGGAAAUCGUCUGCAUUAGCUGUCGUACGGCUCUGGAGGAGUUUAAAAAGUCCGCUAACAUUGUUAAAGAAGAAUGUUCGCUACAAAUAAAUACCGAUAACAAUACGGAAUACACAGGUCGCAAAUGGCAGUUCCAGAUGCCAGAACCAAUUCCUUCGGCAAACGAGCAUGAGGCUUAGUGGCGCCAUCUAUAUGUGAAAUGUACAGAUAACGAGAUAUUGCUUGAAUAAAUGUAGCAUACUUUUGGGGCUGCUGAAAUAGCA